CAGAGGCGACUUCACUUCGAUGAGAUUAGGUUAGGUUAUUCCAUGCAUCAGAAGACUGAAUUGAGGCACAAAUAGGAUUGAUGAGUCAAGUCAUAUACAUGGAAUAAAUUGCGACUUGCCGUAAAAGGGCAGAAAAUAAAUAAGAUUUGUUCGAUGAUGUCCGCCACAAUGAUUAUCCGUGUUAGCCGAUUUGCUUCCCAAAUGCGAGGUAAAGGGCUCGAUGACUAUCAAAGAUACGCAAUCAGGCACAAUUGCACCCAGGCCAGUCGCAAGGUAUUAGAACGCCUCAAGGACCGAAGCAUACUACGUGUGAGCGGCAAUGAGACGUCCGACUUCCUUCAAGGAUUAAUCACGAAUGACAUGAAGCACCUGGGAGAAGGUGCCUUUAACAUCUACACCCUGUUCCUGAACGUUAGAGGCAGGGUGAUGUACGACGCUAUAAUGUACAAGAGCGAAGAGAGCAAUUCGUACUAUGUAGAAUGCGACUCGCAGGUCGCCGGAUCUUUGCAGAAGCACUUGAGACUUUACCGCGUGAAGCGGAAGAUAGACGUGGAGGAUGCAGGCGACAGAAUCAACGUCUGGGCGAUGUUCGACUCGAGUAACCGCUUCGACCACCGAACCACGGUGGACGAGAACGGCAAACGCAAACUGGAAGGGAUGAUCUUUCCGUGCGGCACGCUGAAUAAUAAAGCCAGCAAAUUCAUCGGUAACAUCAUGAUCUACGAGGAUCCCAGGUUACCCGAUCUGGGUCUGAGAAUUCUAGCCGAGUCGCGGAUCGGAACGUCCGAGAUAAUCAAGCACUUGGACAACGACGUGGUCCCGUCGGAGAACAGCUAUAGAGCGUUUCGGUAUAAACUGGGAGUGGGUGAGGGUAUGCACGACCUGCCACCUGGGAAGGCGUUGCCCCUGGAGAUCAACUGCGAUUAUCUGCACGGCGUCAGCUUCCACAAGGGUUGCUACAUCGGUCAGGAAUUGACGGCGCGCACGCACCACACCGGGGUGGUGAGGAAACGGCUGAUGCCCUUGACGUUCGAGAACGUCGCGGAUAAGCCGCUCGCGUACGACGAAAAGAUCCUCGACCAGGCCGGUAAUGCGGUGGGGAAGUUCCGGGGCUGCACCGGGAAGUACGGAUUAGGCUUGAUGCGUAUCAACGAGUCCCUCAGCGCUCACCAAUUGAAUGUGGCGGGCGUGAACGUGAGGGUGAUGAAACCCGCUUGGUGGCCUCAAGAGUCUCGGGAGGAGACUGCCUCUGCCAAAGAUACAUAGUGACACGACGAGAAUCGUGUGAA